AUGACUAAUUCACCCAAAAGCCGUGACGGCUACCAAUGGACCAAGGCCACCGGCCUAGUCCAAGGCGUCCCAACCCUAGGUCUAAUUCAACCAUCCACCCAUUUCACAAGGGGGAAGCACUACGACGUAAUCGUGAUUGGAGGCGGAUACGCCGGGCUAACUACCUGUCGGGACCUCGCCCUCGCCGGCAACAACGUGCUCCUCGUCGAAGCGCGAGACCGUAUCGGUGGGCGGUCUUGGUCAUCAAAUAUUGGCGGAUAUCCCUACGAGAUGGGUGGGACGUGGGUGCACUGGCAUCAACCGUUUGUGUGGCGAGAGUUGAGACGGUAUGGGAUGAUGGAUCAAUUGGAGAUUUCGCCAAGGAAGAAUGUUGAGGGCGGGGCGAAGGUUACUGUUAAUUUGGAUGGGGAGGUUAAGCAUUUAUCGCAUGAUGAGGAGGAUGGGACUGUUACUAACUCGGCCAUCCAGGAUGCAACUGUCGAAUCUGCGUUCAAAAAAUUCAUCAACGUGGACGGUCAAUUCGGCCGCAGUGUCAUUCCCUACCCACACGAUAUCGAAUUCAACAUGGCCGGCGUUCAGGAAUACGACCACAUGUCCAUGGCCGACCGCAUGGCACAGGUUGCACCUCACUUGACGCCCUUAGAGAAGAACAUGUUCGAGGGAUUCCUAGCCAUCACACACGGCGCAAAAUGGGAAGAGGCAUCUUUCUUCGAGCUACUGCGGUGGUGGGCAUUGAUGAACUACAAUUAUCCCGAUUUCAUGGCUAUCGGACUCACGUACAAGCUCCGUGAUGGCCAGUCUGCACUGGCGAGACGCAUUUUCGACGAAGCUGUCGCCACGGGAAGAUUGGAUUACUCUUUCUCCACGCCGGUCAGGGAUGUGAUUGAUCACGGAGAUCGAGUUGAAGUCACCGCUCGAAAUGGGGUGGAGGUCUUCAAGGCGAGACGUUUGGUCUGCACCGUCCCGUUGAAUGUCCUGCAUACUUUGGCUUUUACGCCGGGGCUGCCGACUCUGAAGACGGAGGCUUCUCUGGCUGGUCAUGUCAACCAAGUUGUUAAGUGUCAUGCUGAAGUUGCGAAUCCCGAGAUGCGCUCGCUCGGGGCAACGAAUUACCCCAAUGGCAGACUCACUUACACGUUCGGUGAUGGGACUACUCCCGCAGGAAAUACUCACCUCGUUGCUUUUGGAAGCUCCCUUCCCGGUGUUCACUUGGAUCCCGAGCAGGAUAUUCAAGUCACCAAGAAGGCCUUCGAGGAAUUCUACCCGGGCAUGAAUGUUCAACGGUUGGUGUUCCACAAUUGGCACAAGGAUGAAUUUGCUCGUGGUGCGUGGGAGUGGUUGAGGCCGGGUAUGACGACGAAGUAUUUGCAGGCGCUGCGAGAACGACAUGGGAAUGUGUUCUUUGCGAGCUCAGACUCUUCGUUUGGAUGGAGAGGGUUCAUCGAUGGGGCUAUUGAUGACGGUGGGAGAGUUGCGAAGAUUGUUCACGAUGAGCUGCGGGAUGUGCGGCCCGUCGCUUCUAAGCUUUGA